AUGGUGAAUCUCACAAAGGGAGAUUGUGUUUGGCUGGAGGAUCCAGGGAACUCUGGGUCGAAUGUGCCGAUCGGGGCGACGGUCAAAAUCGCCCAGUCGGGACAACUACAACUGCUGGACGAUGAAGGCAAUGAUCAUUGGCUGUCACGCGAUGCGGCCUCCAAGUUGCGCACAAUGCACAUUUCCUGCAAAGACGGAGUGGAGGACAUGAUCAGACUUGGUGACCUCCACGAGGCUGGUAUCCUGCGCAACCUCCUCAUCCGAUACAACGACAACCUCAUAUAUACGUUCACCGGUUCCAUCCUGGUAGCCGUCAACCCAUACCAGGUUCUACCAAUUUACAACAUGGACCAGAUCAACCAGUACAAAGACAAGCGCGUAGGGGAGCUGCCCCCGCACAUCUUCGCCAUCGCCGACAACGCCUACUACCGCAUGAUACGCAGACAGAGGGACCAGUGUGUCAUCAUCAGUGGUGAGAGUGGUGCCGGAAAGACGGAGAGUACGAAACUUAUCCUGCAAUUCCUGGCAGCAGUACGGGGUCAACACUCGUGGAUUGAACAGCAAAUCAUUGAAUCCAACCCAAUCAUGGAAGCCUUUGGGAAUGCCAAGACGAUACGGAACGAUAACUCUAGCCGAUUUGGCAAGUACAUUGACAUCCACUUCAGCGACCGGGGCGUGAUCGAGGGAGCCAAGAUUGACCAAUAUCUACUGGAAAAAUCCAGGCUGGUUGGACAGCUCCCAGAUGAGCGUAAUUACCACAUUUUCUACUGCAUGCUACAAGGCUUGACCUCGGAUGAGAAGAGUAAACUUGAACUUGGUGAUGCUAAAGAUUAUAGUUACCUAAUCCAGGGUGGCUGCAUAUCCUGCGAGGGCCGCAACGAUAAGAAGGAGUUUGCCGACAUCCGCUCCGCCAUGAAGAUCCUGACGUUCACCGAGAUGGAAAUCUGGGACAUCAUGCGCCUCCUGGCUUCCAUCUUGCAUUUUGGGAACAUCGACUACGAGGCCACUGAGACAUCCAACCUGGACGCGACGGGUUUCCACAGUCACCUGGAGACUGGAAGGAUCUCAAAGCUACUGGGGAUAAACCAGCGUGCCUUGGAAGAAGCGCUGACCACCAAGUCCAUCAAAGCACAAGGGGAGGUCAUCAUCUCCCCGGUCAGUCGCCAUAAGGCCAUCGACAUGCGCGACGCCCUGGUCAAGGCCAUGUACAGCCGCAUGUUCAUCUGGAUUGUCAGCAAGCUCAACGAGGUCACCUGCAGGCCCCCCGAGGAACGCAAUGCCACACGACUCAGCAUCGGGCUCCUGGACAUCUCUGGCUUUGAGACCGUUGGCAAGAACAGCUUUGAGCAGAUGUGCAUCAACUGCACAAAUGAGAAUCUUCAGCAGUUCUUUGUCAGGCACAUUUUUAAAUUGGAACAGGAAGAAUAUGACCGGGAGGGCAUCAAGUGGAAGCACAUCAAGUUUGUGGACAACCAGGAGACCCUGGACAUGAUUGCAGCCAAGCCUAUGAAUAUUAUUGCCCUGGUAGACGAAGAAAGCCGCUUCCCUAAGGGCACGGACACCACCAUGUUGAAUAAGUUGAACAAGCAGCACGGUCGCAACCUUCUCUUUGUCCGUUCCCCGGGGGCUCGCAGCACCCGGUUUGGUAUCAACCACUUCGCUGGGACCGUGUACUACGAAGCUGUUGGUUUCUUGGACAAGAACCGUGACACCUUCAGUCGCGACUUCAUCGAGCUGAUAAAGGCGGCCGGCAACAACUUCCUGAGGCAUCUCUUCCAGAUGGACAUCCAGCAGAGCGGAGACUCGCUUAAGAAGACGCCCACCCUGGGCACGCAGUUCAAGAAAUCACUGGACGCACUGAUGACCACGCUCAGCCAGUGCCAGCCAUUCUUUGUUCGCUGCAUCAUACCAAACGAGCACAAACGUGCAAAAGAAUUUGAGCGAGAUCUUGUGGCCAGGCAGCUACGUUAUUCGGGCAUGAUGGAAACCAUCAGGAUCUGUCAGGCGGGCUAUCCAAUCCGACACACUUUCAAGGAGUUUAUCGACCGGUACUGCAUGCUGGUCAUGGGUGUUCAGCCCUCGCACAAGGACGACUGCCGAGCUGCCUCGACUAGGAUCUGCAAGGCGCACCUUGGUAACCAGGAUUGGCAGCUUGGACACCACAAAGUCUUUCUCAAGGACACCCAUGAUCUACAUCUGGAGCAGGAGCGAGACAAAGUGCUGACGGCCCGCUGCAUCAUCAUCCAGAAGACGUUCAGGGGAUGGUUCUAUCGCAAACACUUCCUGAAGAUGAAGAACAGCGUCACCAUCAUCGCCAAGGCCUGGCGCAAAUACGUGUAUAGGAUCCGCUAUCUCAAGAUGAAGCGUGGCUAUCUGCGUCUACAGGCUGUGCUGCGUGGGAGAGUGCUGAGCUAUCGCUAUCAGUUCUUGCGAAGGAGAAUUCUGAAAUUUCAGGCUCACUGUCGCGGUUACCUCGUCCGCGCCGAGGUCAGCCACUACCCAACCAGCAUCGUCAAGAUCCAGGCCGGUUUCCGUAUGGUGUUGCAGCGCCGCCAGUACCAGAAGCUGUUGGCGGACUACCGGCGACGCAAGGAGGCGGAGCGCAUCCGCCUGGAGGAGGAGAAGAAACUGAAGAAGCAGAUGGGAGCCAAGAAAGCAAAGGAAGAGGCCGAGAGGCGAAUGCAGCAGCGCAUCCAGGAGAUGGAGGAGGCCGACCAACGGCAGGGGCUAAAGGAGGAGCAGGAACGCAUCGCAAAGAUGGAGACCAUUAAGGAAGCCGACAGGAAACGCAACACGGAGCAGUCCACGGCCGAGGUAGUAGACGAUCUCUUCGGGGCAUUUGACGAUGACGGACAGCCCGUCCAUGCCCCUAGAGGAUUCGAGGAUUUGGAGAAGUCGCGUCGGGCAACCAUCGAGUUUAGCCCAGGCGAUUACAAGAUGGCCCCCGCAGUGCCCGAAUCCGAGGAGGACAUAUCGGAGUACAAGUUUGCCAAGUUCGCCGCCACCUACUUCCAGGCCGGGGCCAGCACCUCGUUCAUCAAGCGUCCCUUGAAGGAACCACUGCUGGACCCGAGGAAUGAGAGUGACAGACAGGCUGCCUUGGCAGUGUGGAUCGCCAUUCUCCGUUUCAUGGGAGAUCUUCCGGAGCCCAAGGCCAAGUCUGCUUUAACCAACAGGGGUGUAGUCGAAGACUAUACUGACCUAAAAAGGCGCCAGCGUGUCACCUUGAAGGACUCCAGCAAUAAUGUCAAACACGUCACUGUCUCCAUCGAGGGUGACAACUUUGGCGGUGGUGCCUGUGUAAGUAGCCUCAAUUGCUUUGAGAAGUCGAGAGGGGACUCCAUAUGCCUUCAAGAUCUUGAUCACUUUGCCUCGCUGGAUAGAAUCGAGGGCCUCAAUGAAAGUCAGUACAGCGGGCAGAUUGUUCUACUUGACCUCUUCAAUGAUUCUUCGGAAGGCCAGGAUUGGCGCGACUGCAGUCAUCUUCUCUCUGAAGCCGUUCUGGUUAAAUAUCGGCUUGGGGCCUAUGGCCGUCCUGAUACGCAACCGCAGUCCAUGCGUGUGCAUACCGAUCGGACCAAAAAGAGCACCAUGUCCAAAAACUUGGUGACCCUGACCCUGAAGAAGGAGUACGGAAACACCGUGGUGAUCGACCGACCAACCUCCAACCUGGAGAAGCUGCGUUUCAUUAUCGGACAUGGCAUCCUGCAGCCAGAAUUGAGGGAUGAGAUCUACUGCAUGAUUUGUAAACAGCUUACCAACAACCCUUCCAGGAGUAGCCACGCUAGGGGCUGGAUCCUGCUGGCACUCUGUGUAGGCUGCUUUGCGCCGACUGACAGGUUUGUCAAGUACCUGCGUUGUUUCAUCAGCGAGGGUCCGCCCGGCUUCGCGCCAUACUGCGAAGAGAGGCUGCAACGAACUUUCGCCAACGGGCCCAGGACACAGCCACCCAGCUGGCUGGAACUACAGGCCACCAAAUCCAAGAAGCCCCUGAUGCUGCCCAUCACCUUCAUGGAUGGCACCACCAAAACCCUACUGGCCGACUCGGCCACCACAGCCAGGGAACUCUGUGGACAGCUGUCAGACAAGAUCGCCCUCCGAGACCAGUUUGGCUUCUCUCUCUUCAUUGCUCUCUUUGACAAGCGGUCGUCAUUGGGUAGCGGGGGCGACCACGUCAUGGAUGCCAUUUCGCAGUGCGAGCAGUACGCCAAAGAGCAAGGCGCGCAGGAGCGCAAUGCCCCCUGGCGCCUGUUCUUCCGCAAGGAGAUUUUCGCCCCUUGGCAUGACCCUACAGAGGACCCCAUUGGGACUAAUCUGAUCUACCAGCAGAUUGUGCGUGGAGUCAAGUCUGGGGAAUAUCGAUGUGAUAAGGAUGGUGACCUGGUUGGCAUAGUUGCCCAGCAGUACUACGUGGACUACGGAGGGGAGAUAAUCUACGAUCGUCUUAUCAACCUCCUGCCGACCUACAUUCCGGAGAGCUCCGUGACGGGCUCCAAGACCCUGGAACGCUGGGCGAAGAUGGUCAUGUACGAACUCAAGAAUAGCUACUAUGCCAAGGAGCAUGUAGAAAAGAUGCGCGUGAAGGAAGACGUGGUCAACUACGCCCGCUUCAAGUGGCCGCUCCUCUUCUCUCGAUUCUACGAGGUUUCCAAGUUCUCCGGCCCCAGCCUGCCCAAGAAUGACGUAAUCGUUGCCGUCAACUGUAUCGGGAUGUACGUCUUGGAUGACCUGGAACAAGUCCUGCUAGAAUUGUCCUUCCUUAAUAUCACACAGGUGUCCAGUAGCCGGACGGGCAAGCUUCAUGAGCAGAGCUUCACGGUCCUGACAGUCAAGGGGGAGGAAUACACAUUUACCUCCUCCAACGCGCAGGACAUCAGUGAUCUUAUCCUCUUCUUCCUGGAAGGAAUGAAGAAAAGAUCCCGCUACGCUGUGGCUCUGCAAGACAACCCGGUCCAAGGUCAAGGAUCAUCAUUCCUGAGUUUCCAGCGAGGCGAUCUGAUCAUCUUCGAGCUGGAGAAUGGCGACGCUUUGAUGGAGAGCGGUUGGUAUUACGGGGAGAACGACCGCACUGGCCUCAAAGGAGACUUCCCUGCUGAGUGUGUCUACGUCCUGCCAACUACUGCAAAACCUGCUCCAGAUAUUGUGGCACUCUUUACUAUGCUGCCCCAGGGGAUGUUGGACCGGAUGCUUGCCUCCCAGGAAGCCAUGAGGUACGGCGACGCCCAUCAGCAGCAACACACCUUGGAGGAGUUUGCCGGUGAGCACUUCCGGCAGCCACCCAUGCGCAAGCUCAGCCUCGGUGUCAAGCGUCGCACCAGAAACAAUUUGUGGAGUCACAGCAAGGCGGCCAUUACACAGCCACUCCUCAAGAAACUUCUCAACAACCCAGAGCUGGCAGAACAAGCCUGCGAUGCCUUUGAAGCUGUUCUGAAGUACAUGGGAGACUUCCCGUCCAAGAGGUCAUAUCGCCCCGGUAAUGACCUCUCGGACAAGAUCUUCGAGUCUCCGUUGAAAAACGAGCCGCUGAAGGACGAGAUCUAUUGCCAGAUCAUUAAGCAACUGACCAAAAACAGACUCAAGUUAAGCGAGGGGCGUGGCUGGGAGCUGAUGUGGCUGGUAACCGGCAUCUUCACCUGCAGCCAGACCCUCAUGCCUGAUGUCACCAAGUUCCUACUGUCGGGUACCAACAACCUGGCCACCGACUGCCUGCGCCGUCUGCAAAAGACCAUCCGCUACGGCCAGCGCAAAUACCCCCCUCACCUGCUGGAGGUAGAGGCCAUCCAGCACAAAACCACGCACAUCUUCCAUAAGGUGUACUUUCCCAACGACACGGAAGCGGCCUUUAAAAUUGACUCCGAUACCAGGGCUAAAGAUUUCUGUGAGAGCAUCGGGCAGCGAAUGAAACUAAAGUCAUCGGAUGGCUUCAGUCUGUUUGUUAAGAUUGGCGACAAAGUGAUUAGCAUACCGGAGGGCGACUUUUUCUUUGAUUUUGUCCGCCAUCUGACUGACUGGAUCCAAAAAGCAAGGCCGAGCCGGGAAGGCACGAUGCUAGUACUGUCUUACCAGGUCUUCUUCAUGAAGAAUUUGUGGACCAACACGGUCCCUGGCCACGACCCAAACGCCGACGUCAUUUUCCACUACUAUCAAGAAAUGCCAAAACUCCUGAAGGGUUACCACAAGGUCACCAAGGAGGAGGCCGUGCAGCUGGCCGCGCUGCAGUACCGCGUCCGCUUCGGCGACGACAAGUCGGAGUUCCAGAGCAUCCCACGCAUGAUAAAGGAGCUGCUACCUGCUGACAUGAUCCGCAGUAAGCUUAUGUCCACGGAAGACUGGAAGCAGGCUAUAGUUGCUGCAUACAACAAGCAUUCGGGCAAGACCAGAGACGAAGCCAAGAUUGCGUUCCUGAAGAUCGUGUACCAAUGGCCCACGUUUGGUUCGGCGUUCUUCGAAGUCAGGCAAACCUCGGAGCCUACUAUGCCGGAUAGUCUCCUCAUUGCGAUCAACAAGCUCGGCAUCAUCCUGAUUGAUCCACGCAGCAAGGAGAUUUUGGUAACUUACCCUUUCACCAAGAUUUCCAACUAUAGCAGCGGCAACACCUACUUCCACAUGACCAUCGGUAACCUGGUAUGGGGCACCAAACUACUAUGCGAAACAUCUCUGGGUUACAAGAUGGACACUCUUUUGACCUCCUACAUCGGCCAGAUGCUGAGAGCCAAAAAUGGAAAGUAAAACAUAUGUACAAACAAUUCCCAAAUACUUCAUAUAUAUAACUGUACUGAAAAAGGGACAUUAUUAUUUGCAGACAAGUAUGAGUGAGUUUUCCGAAAAGACGGUAUUGUUUCGACUUUGCUUUCAUUUCUGGCUCUGGAACAAUUUUUGAUCCUCAAAACGAAUACUCUUUGGUUGAGAUUUCACUUUGUGUCAAUUGUGUAUUAGAUUUGGUGGGGGUAAAUUUGUAUUUUCUGAACAAUAGAAGCUGUACUAAAAAUGCAUGCUUACAAGAA